GGCUUUAGACAAUAUAAUGGAAGAGCAGAAGGUGACGCUGAAAUUUUUGCAAGAUCUGUUCAAACAAAUCGAUGAAAAUGUCACAAUUGAAAACUUUGAAGAAUCUCUAGGAUCAGGAAGAGGCGACAAUUAUACUGCUUCAUUGUAUAGAUUAAAAUUGGACGGACAUAAAAAAACCAACGAUGGCUUCGACCAAUGGACAACAUCCAUUAUUUACAAAUGCCUACCAGAGAGUGCCGCAAGAAGAGAAGCAUACAAAAGCGAAAAAUUAUUCAGAAACGAGGUGGCUUUCUACACCAAAGUGAUGCCUUUGUACGAAAAAUUCCAAAAAUCAAAAGAAAACAUUUUGUCUUCCACAUUUCAAGCAAUACCAAAAUGCUACUACGCACGAGACAACUUGAUUGUGCUGGAAGAUUUAAGAUUGAGUGGAUACGAAAUGGCAGAUCGAAAAGUCGGACUGAAUUUCAAACAAAUCACCGCUGUUUUGGACGAGCUAGCAAAGUUCCACGCGGUCUCAUUGGCGGUUAAAAUGUUGCACCCGCAAGAUUUUUACACCCUGCUGAAUACGCGCGACGGAAUUUCCGAGGCCUUAUUCAUCAAGGAAAACGAGGAAUGGUAUCGGGAUUACUACAAGCACGCCAUACAAAAUGUUUUGGAUAUGGCUUCCAAAAAACUAUCAAAACUGGAGUUGGGGACGACAAUUUUAAACAAGUUUGCCAACUUCGCCAACGAUUCGUUCUUCGAAAAAAUGAUCAACUUAGUAAGCGAUACAGGACCCUUGUCAGUGCUCUGCCAUGGCGAUUGUUGGACCAACAACAUACUGUUCAAGUUGGAUGACAGUAAAGGUUUAAAGGUUUGCUUUAUCGAUUUCCAACUUUGCCGACACGGUUCCAUAGCUUUAGAUCUAGCAAAUCUUAUCUACUGUUGCACUACGAGAAAUCUACGCGAUCUACACCUAAAGGAAAUGCUGGGCAGAUACCAUGAAAUUUGCUUCUCAAAUCUGAGCGCGUUGCUGAAAAACACACCCAGCGAAAAUCAUAAAUUAAACAAUAAAGAAUACACGUUCAAUCUUUUGAUGAUAGAAUUUCGAAAGUUUGCACUAUUCGGUCUUGGUCUUGCAAUAGAUAUGAUCCCCAUAUCCACCUGCGACAGUGAUGAAGCUCCCGAUAUGUAUGAAAACGAAAACGAAAGUGAGCAAAUUGAAGAUUUUUUGAUACCCACUACCACCACGAACGAGUUAUGCACCACCAAAAUGGUCAAUUUGAUUUGCGAGUUGUAUGAUAAUGAUAUUUUGUAGGCUAUGGCAAUAAAGUUAUUUAUCUUUA